AGGAUGCUGACGGGAUCGUAUCAUCUGCUCUAAGGCCCCUUAGGUCGUUUAGUCGGGAUGUUUUAAGACCGUUUUGGCUAAUUAGUAUCGUAAAGUGCCCAGAAUGACAAUGCUCAUGAUGGAUAGAGUGCCUCCGACUGGUUCGAGAACCGAUAACGAGCCUUGUUCUGAGGACGACGAAGAGUUACAGGUGGAUGUUGAAGCGGAGGAUACCUCGCUUUGCCCUGUGGACCUCACUAGAAGACAGCAUUUCGACCUCACAGGUCACCAACCAUGCGAGGAAGACCCUCUUCGGAGGUCGGACGACCUCCACCAUCACCACCACCACGAAGACCUGGAACCAUCGCCCAGCCACAGGCAACACUCAGGCGACUUGGACUUUCCCAGGCGGCCUACGAGUACCUCCAGACACUUACCAGAUAGUGACAAUAGGCACCAAGAACACCUGUCGGACAGUGAUCUAGUGGAACGGGGAAACGGGGAAGACUGUACCAGUGACGAUGUUUGUAGUGAUAGGUCGAGGAGUCCCAAGGACUGCAACAGCAAUUCCUCGUCGGGUAGGAGGCUGGCCUUCAGUGUGGAGAACAUUUUAGACCCCAACAAGUUCACCAGUAGUAAAUCUGUUUUCGGUGGGGGGAAUGGACUGUGUUAUUGGAAACCGGUGAAUGCGGACCAUUCGGCGGGGUUCAGGACGUCGCCUGCUGAUUUUGAAGAGAACGAUGCUUCAGGGAAGGAUCGUCAGUCAGAUGAUGAUGAUGACAUGAACAGUGAUAUAAGCGAAGACCUGAAAGAUCCGUCAAAAAAGAAAAAGGGGGAUUCAAAAUCGCAAAAUGCGGGGAAGCCCAGACGAGCGCGGACUGCCUUCACCUACGAACAACUGGUUGCCUUAGAAAAUAAAUUUAAAACGACGAGAUACCUCAGCGUAUGCGAACGGCUGAACCUCGCUCUCUCCCUCAGUCUGACAGAGACGCAAGUGAAGAUCUGGUUCCAGAAUCGGCGUACCAAAUGGAAAAAGCAGAAUCCCGGCAUGGACGUCAACUCGCCCAUUUCGCCUCCAGCAUCAGUGACCAACGGGGGGAGUUUCCCGGGCUUUCCAGGACACCACGCGCACUCUGGACUCAUGUAUUCCCAUCAUGUACCGUACGGGGGCGUCUACCCCCUUCACCAAGCAACUGGAUCAGGAGGUUACGCGCCGUACUUCCAUCUUGCCAAUCAUGGGCAUAGCCUGGGUUCGUGAACCAGGCAGAUCACAUAAUGGCUCAAAAUAUCACCAGGAGAAGUGGUGUAGAUAGUUUUUUUACAGCGAGACCAUUUGUGGAAUUGGGUACGUGCAUGCAUUUUCCAUUCAAAACCAAAAGGUUUCACGGUGAAGUAAAGUACUUCAAAAACCGGUUUGUUGUUACCAUAUCUAUGUACAUAUUCUGAUCAAGCCAAAGAAAGUGAAAAUAUGAUUCUAGCAUAAUGACUUGAGGUAUGUGUGCCUAGUGCCGCAUCGUACGCAUUGGAUGAUCCAGGAUAAAUGGAUUGAUUUGUGGUAGUGUUCAGUGUGCAUUGACGGCAAUCUGUCGCACGGCUCCUGAUUGAUUUGCACACCUUAUCGAAUCCUUUUCGGCUCAUGGACAGCAGAUACAUCUCUCAGAUCAGAAAUUCUGAGUACUGACAGAGGCUGAUCUAGAAAAUAUUUUGAAUUUGAAAUUGUGUUGUGGGAUGGGGGGGCUCAGGAUUUAUGAACAGGAAGAUGCACUUCUCGCGGAGUUUGAAAACUAAAGAGCGAGGAGGAGGUUGUCCACAAAUUGAAAAACACCAGUUUUUUUUAACUCGGAUAUUUUGGGGGAGGGUCCAUACAUCCGGGACACUCCCCUGGAUCCGCCACCGAGCACUGAACCUCUACAUAUGCCCGUUGAUGGGCCGACAAGCAGAUAGAUGCAUUAAGCUCGAUCAUAUUUCCUUCGUGACGUGUUGUUUCAAAUGUACCUACGAGUAUACCAUAAAUUAUAUAGGUGUUACUACUAUCGGUCCAUUUGAUCCCAGCUGUUUGACGCGUUCACUCCCUAAUUCCAUGGGCGUCCGGAGGCAUUUUUUCCAGGGGUCUUUAACGCUCCAUUAGUCAGACGUCAUGAAUAUGAUACGUCAAACUAUAGAAUCAAGAAAUUUAUCAUUUGCUUAGGUGCAUUUAGGCAAGGUAAUGUUUUAAGAGCUCUUCAUAGAAUAUUUCGAACAAUUGUAGAGGAAAUCCUUCCAAACGCAUAAGACUUAAGUUGUCGUUGAUAGAACUUGGUUCUUCACACGCUACUAAUAAUAAACACAAAUGUCUUCGUUCUGUAGCUUGACAUAAGACAUUCGUGACGUCAGGCUAAUCACGCGUAACAACCCCUAGGAAAACAUCCUCCGGACGCUAAUGAACAUAAGCGCGAAAUGUGGUAAGCAGUUGGGGACACGAAGAUCAAACCGACAGCAGGUGUCGCAACAGUAUAAUCUGUGCCUAUACUCCUUACAGGGUGUUCCGUACUCAAAUGGAGUAAAAUGGUAGGUACUUUCAUAUGUAAAUUAAAAAGUUGUAAAUUCAGCUUAACGAACUUAAACACGCCAAAUCACAUGUCUCAGGCACUAUUGAACUAGGAGUAGCGUAAAACUAGACGGGCAGGUGGCGUCUGAGCACGUUGUUUCCACUGUAUUAUUUUUUUAUCAAAAUCAACACCUUUUAACCUGAAUACCAUUUUGAUUGUGCCUCUUUUAGUUUUUUGAUUAAAAAAUUGUCUUUAUCAAAUAUCUCUUUUUUCGUAGUUUUUGUGACACAAAGCUCAAAAUUCCACAAAGUUAUGCUCAAAAUUGAAGCAAAGUUGUUUUGGGAACUCAAAAUUCCAGGGUCAGAUACAGUUUGUCUUAUUUCCUUAUAUUUUAUCAAGUGGAAUGUCCUGUAAAUUAUACCCAGAAUUGAUUACCUAUUAUUUCGCAGACAAAAGAGAGCAAGACAUGAUAUAAAUAAAAAGGAAAAUGAAUGUUAUGCACCCUGUUUACCUUUUUCAGUAUUUUUUCUAUGAUUCGACCAAGUGACAUUCUUUAGCAACAAGAGAUCUGCUUAAAGGAGAAACGGCAUUUAAUAUGUAAUCUCACUAAAUUUGAUGUUCCAAAAAUUAAGUUAAUAAUCCACAUUUAAUUGUGUGAUGUACCAUUAUGUAACUAAACCUAACGUAGGCUUCUUAUGCGGACUCGUAAACGUAAAUAUGCUGAAAAUGCUGUAUAUUAAGGUAUUUCUACAUUCUCGUCAUAAUCUCGAAUUGGUCUGGAAAGUUAAAUUCAGUGCAUUUGUAUACUAAAUGCCAUUUUCUAAUCUGUUGUUGGAAACGAGUUGAAAUUUUGAGUUUUGUAUCUCAUAAGCUUCUGAAAACAAGAUAUCAGAAUAAAUAAAAAUGUGAAAGUAAAAAACCAAAAGAGGCGCAAUCAAUCUAUUUUGCUUUUGAACAUAUUCAAAAAUUUCAGCUUAAAAGGUGUUGAUUCUGUUAAAAAAACAACAAAAGUGAAAAGCCGAGUCCAGACCUGGAUUUUUUACUAUUCUGUCUAGUUUUAUGCUACACCCAGGUAACUUUAUUAUCGUUCAAAAUUUCAACGGUUCAAUGGUGCCUGAAAUAUGUGAUAUUAAGAAUCUGAAGUAUAAAUCCAUAAAAACUGAAUUUUAAACUUUUUAUUCAUGGAUAUGAAAAUAUUUCUGUUUCACUCUGUCCACUCAAGUACAGAACAUCCUGUAUAGUAUCCUACGAGUCUGCAACCCCCAAACCACGUUAGCGAGAUGCGGGGUGUAAUAGUCUAAUGCUUUAUUCUAUACAAAGAGUCUUAAAACCCAGUCCAAUGCGUAUGAUGCGGAGCUGUUGACGCAUACCUUAAAGACGUAAUUAUCUCUUGUACUAUAUGUGCCAUACCAAAGCAGCUGUACAUAUUCAAUCUAUCAAUAGCCAUAGUGUGCGCUGAGUAUAUGUAAUAUUGACAUUUACCAAUGACCUGUCAACGAUACAUAUUAAGCUGGGUUUGUGCAAACAGAGCGUUAAUGUUAAGUACCUUGUAUUAUAAUAGUGUUAAGCGCCGUUUAGAACU